AUGGCGGCGGCGGCGGGCGGCGCGGCGGGGCUGGCGGCGCUGCUGGGCAGCGCUUCCCCGCACCUCCUCAUCGUCUCCGCCGCCGAGGAGCCCGCGGGCAGCGGCCACCCCGACGCCGACCUCCUGCUCUUCGCCACGCCGCAACCCGCCCGCCCCGGCGCCGCGCCGAGACGGCCCGCGCUGGGCCGCCCGCCGGUGAAGAGGAAGCUGAACUUGGAGACGGAUCACCAGUACAUAGCAGAGAGCCUGCCGGUGGGCCGGGGCAAGGCCAGGAAUCCCGCUAAAGGGGCAAAGUCUCCAGGGGAGAAGUCCCGCUAUGAAACCUCGCUGAACCUCACCACCAAGCGCUUCCUGGAGCUGCUGAGCCAGUCACCCGACGGUGUGGUGGACCUCAACUGGGCGGCCGAGGUCCUGAAGGUGCAGAAGAGGCGCAUCUACGAUAUCACCAACGUCCUGGAGGGCAUCCAGCUCAUCACCAAGAAGUCAAAGAACAACAUCCAGUGGCUGGGCAGCCAGGCCACCGUGGGGGCCCCCGGCCGGCAGCGGCUGCUGGAGAAGGAGCUGCGGGAGCUGCAGGCGGCUGAGCGGCAGCUGGACGACCUCAUCCAGAUGUGCACGGUGCAGCUGCGCCUGCUCACCGAGGACCCUGCCAACCAGCACGCAGCCUACGUGACCUGCCAGGAUCUCCGCAGCAUUGUGGACCCCUCGGAGCAAAUGGUGAUGGUUAUCAAAGCCCCCCCGGAGACCCAGCUGCAGGUCUCCGACCCAGCGGAGGCUUUCCAGGUCUCCGUGCGAAGCACUCAGGGCCCCAUUGACGUCUUCCUCUGCCCCGAGGACAGCUCGGGGGUCUGUAGCCCCGUCAAGAGCCCCUUCAAAGCCCCUGCAGAGGAGUUGUCUCCCAGCCAUUCGCAGCCCAGAGCCUCCCCGCUCCUGCAUCCCGCCCAGGACGUGAACAUGCCGCUGCUGCCCGGAGAGCAAGAAACACUGCUGCCAGGGAUGAGCACGCUGCCCGGCAAGUGCCCGGCAGAGGAGGUGAGCCUCUCACCGCUGGCCUCCAUGGACGCCCUCCUGGAGCAGAGCCGGGAGGAUUUUUCGGGUUUCUUGGCGGACGAGUUCAUCAACCUGUCGCCGCCGCAGGCACAGGACUACCACUUCGGCCUGGAGGAGGGCGAGGGCAUCAGCGAGCUCUUCGACUGCGACUUUGGGGACUUCACGCCCUUGGACUUCUGAGGCUCUGCCCAGGUGCUCGCGGGGGAGUUGCCAGGCAGGGGGGGGCCACCCCUGGGCUCCUGCCCUCGCAGGCAGGGCAGGGCAGGCAGCCCCUCCGGCUGCAGCGCCCGCGGCUCCUCUCCCCGUCCUUUUUUGCAAUAUUUUCUUCUUAGCCCUCCAGCCCCCCUAGCCUGGCGGGGGCCGGCGGUGUCCCUGGCUCCAGCCCCGUCA